CUUCUCCGAUUUCGAAACAAAGGAAACGGGAUCCGCAAUCAAAACGAACACGGUGGGGAGGCUCGCCAUCAGUAGAAAGAUCACGACGAACGAAGUCGAACGAAUCCCCCCCAAAACCUCCAACCCCAGGCAGGCCACGAGCACGAGCGACGAGCAGGCGAGAGAACGAUGGGCGGCGGCGAUGUGGACCACGGCGUCGAGGGCAUCCGCCGCGAGUUCAAUCGCCUUAGCAUCCAGCCACAAGCGACGACUGAUGAAGAGCAGUUCGAUUAUCCCUUCUUCAUCGAGGAACAAACUAUGACUCAACUGUUCGAUCCUUUUGUUAACAAUUCACUCGCAAGGUAUCUAGAGGGUACUCGUUAUGCUCGGCGUGUUAGUGUUGGUGGCCUUCCCCCCUCUGCUAAUGAACAGACAGUUGCAAUUUUCUUUAAUCAAGCCAUGGCUGCUAUUGGAGGAAACACAGCUGGUCCUGGAGAUGCUGUCGUUGACGUCGACAUGAUCCAUGACCGCGGAUUUGCUCUUGUGGAAAUGAGACUGACUGAGGAAGCAAGCAAUGCCAUGGCUCUGGAUGGCAUUUUGUUUGAAGGGGUGCCACUGAAGAUUAGAAGGCCACCAGGCUACAAGCCUUCCGAGGCAGCUGCCCUGGGCCCAAGCAUGCCGAGCCGCUAUCUGAAUCUUGCUGCAGUUGGCUUGACACCAGGAUCUGUAGAAGGUUUGAAAGGGCCUGACCGCAUUUGUGUGUCUGGCCUUCCCAAAUAUCUCACAGAAGCUCAAGUCAGGGAGUUGCUUGAAUCUUUUGGACCUCUUCGUGGGUUUGAUCUUGUCAAGGAUUGGGGAACUGGUGACUCGAUGGGCCAUGCGUAUUGCGUGUACCAGAACAGCAGUGUCACUGACAUUGCCUGUGCUUCUCUAAAUGGAAUGAGGCUACAUGACAAUACCCUUACCGUCGGCAGAGCAAAACAGAGAGCAUCUCAGCACCAACCCGAGGUGGAAACCAUCCUGUUGGGUUUGAUGGCAGAGCAACAGGCGCAGCUACAGCAAGUUAUGUUUGGAUUGGUCCCUACUCCUACAAAGGUCGUGUGCCUCCUCCAGGUGCUUACUGCAGAUGAGUUGAAACAUGAUAAAGACUAUGAGGAGAUUAUGGAACACAUGAGGCUAGAAGCGUGCAGAUAUGGUAAUCUGGUAAAAGUUGUCAUCCCACGUCCUGACUCGAGUGGACAGCUGGUCGCUGGAGUUGGAAAGGUGUUCUUUGAAUAUGCAGAUAUCGACAGUGCCAUCAAAGCAAAGACGGCGUUUUGCGAAUGGAAAUUUGAUGGGAACCCAGUGUUUUCAGUCUACUACCCAGAGAUUAAGUUUGCCAAUUUGGAAUUCGAUGGAUAAUUAUCGUUAUCUUGUGCUAUGUAUAACAUGGUUGUUUUUAUAUUAAUCACAU